CACACACACACGCUAUGUAAUGGUGACAGAUGCAAACGCAUUGAUAAGCUGUCUACUGCAGCACCGACUUACCUUUGGCCAUGUGAGAGCAACCUCGUACCUGUACCUUGCAAAGACGAGUGCCCUCCUACUUGUCAAGAUCCUUUUCCUGGAGUAUGCACCAAAUCUUGUGUCAGCGGCUGCGAGUGUCCGAAACCGUUGUUGUAUGAUUCGUGUCAUAAUAAAUGUGUCGACUUCAGCGAGUGCUCAGCAAACUCGAGGACAAAUCGAUCUUGUAAUUCUACCGUUUCGCCCACGUCCACAAGUACAACAUCAACGACACAUCACGGUUCAGUCUUCUAGAGCAUCUACAACUGUUGGACCAACUAGUAAAAGCUCCAAGCCAUUUACCAUGCAGACCACUAGAGCAUCUACAACUGUUGGACCAUCUACUAACAGCUCAGAGCCAUCUACCCAGACCACUACUAUAUUAUAUUCUUCUCGUUCCAGCACAGUUCAGACUUCUGGAGCAUCUACAACUGUUGGUCCAACUAGUAAAGGCUCCAAGCCAUUUAGCCAGGCCAGUACUCAAUUGUAUCUCUCUCAUUCCAGCGUGGCUGAGACUUCUAAAGCAUCUACAACUGUUGGUCCAACUAGUAAAGGCUCCAAGCCAUUUACCCAGGCCAGUACUCAAUUGUAUUUCUCUCAUUCCAGCGUGGCUGAGACUUCUAAAGCAUCUACAACUGUUGGUCCAACUAGUAAAGGCUCCAAGCCAUUUACCCAGGCCAGUACUCAAUUGUAUUUCUCUCAUUCCAGCGUGGCUGAGACUUCUAAAGCAUCUACAACUGUUGGUCCGACUAGUAACAGCUCUACAACAUCUGUGAGUUCGCAGCAAACGACAGGAACAACUUUAAGAACAUAUUAUUCAAAGAGUAGUAAAACAACUGCUGCCGCUAACACUCAUGCUUAUAGUUCUCAAACGGUCUUACCGUCUAAGAGCCCUAGUACUGGUCUAGGUACUCAAUCAAUUGCUGGCAUCGCUUCAGUUUGUACAGCAGUCAUUCUAGUAAUGUGUGUACUGCUGUUAGGUGUGUAUAUCUCUAGAAGACGGAAACGACAAUAUGCAAGGUUUGCUGAUGCAAUGGAUGAGGUUGAAAUGGAUGAGAUUGGAAUGGAAUACGUAACAAGUGACAGCAAAGAACUGCUUCAUGACUCUGAUCAACACGAAACAACGCUCUAAGCUCAGUUAUACAUACAUACAGAACAAAGUAUAAUGCACAAUUUUUGCAACCAAAUUUUAUAGUUGAAAUAAUUUAUAAUUUAAAUUUAAAUCUUUUAAAUAUAAAUUAUUUUAAAAAAAUUUAUGUAAUAAAAUUGCA